GUCUUCUGAUUAUCCUCCUAAUCGAAGAAGGGCAACCAAAUCCUCGCUGUACGUCGACGUUUUCUAAGGCAUCGAAAUCUUGGUCCUCCGAAUUCGUGGUUUUUUGACUCUUCUCGGCGCUCCUCUCGAUUGAUUCCAAGGUCUGAUCUUCGGCGAAUCACAAUCCGACGGUAGCGAUAGCGUCGGCGCAGAACCAAUCGGCGAAUGUGGAUCUCUUCGAUGCAUAUUCCGACGAACCAGUUUGGACCGGCUGGAUUAGUGGCAAUGAAGCCGUCGCUUUCUUCCAGGGCUCCGGUCUCCCCAAACAUGUCCUUGCGCAGUCUAGAUUGAUAGAAUUACUACCCAUCAUGCCACAUGAUCUUUGAUGGAGCGGUUUUGGGAGGGACGCCCUCUUCCAGCAGUGCUACCAAGCAAUGUUAUGUUUGAUUUGUCCAAUAUUUUUCAACCUGCAAAUAAUCACUCCAAUGCUGGCAAUGUAGCCUGGAGACCUGCUUCUGGCUUUCAACAACAGCUACCGAUGCCCGGUCCUGGUGCUUGGCACAUGGCAACCCAGCUGGAGGAAGGCCACCAAAGCCAGUUGCUCCUUCUCAUGCUGAGGAAAAUCAGCAGGAACCUAGAGUACCAGAAUUGGAGAAACAUCUUGUAAAUCAAUUGAGUACAAAGUAGGUUAACUCACUGAACUCAAAGUUCAAAGAAGCAACCGAAGCUGAUAAAAAGAUUCUUCAGUCUAUACAGUCCAAAAGGAUAUAAUACUACCUGAGGACCCUCAGAUCACUUUGAAGUGUAUCCCAAGUGUGAAGGCUGUCAGCGAAAUUGAACUCCUUGGUUAUGAGGAGGGCGAUGAAAUCGCCGCACAGCCUUCAGCGCCGUGCAGCCUUCAGCUUCAACAUUACAUUGCAUUGGGAGUUCUGGCAAAGAUUGAAGCCACUUGCAGUUGACUAUGUUGAGUUCAGACAACCGAGAAGCUUGUUUGAUGCUUGCAGGUAUGCUCCUAAUCUUGGUUCCAGACAGAUACAUACGUUUCAAUGAGGUUGAGCAAACGAGACCACCAGGGAUUUCCAAUAUACCGCUGUCGCUGAGAUCUAGUACUUCUAAAGAGGGAAAACGUUUAGAGCUGGAAGGCAAUCUUUCAAGUUCCCGACAGGCUUUAAAGUUGAGACGUUUAAGUUUGGUUAAACGGUAGAUACUUCUACCAACAACCUUGAGGUGCUUGCAGCCACUAAGGUCUAAAGUUUGAAGCCCAAUUACAUUUCGAAAUGAUGAAUCUGAGGUCUAUCAUGGCUGUUUCCUCCUGGAAUGACAAUGGGCAAAAGCAGUUUGUGCAUGAUCCUAAAAUACUUUAUAGAUCGGAUUUCUUUCCUGGACUCGGGUGGAUGCUGGCUAGAUCUACAUGGGAUGAGCUAUCACCAAAAUGGCCAAAGGCUUACUGGGAUGACUGGUUGAGGUUAAAAGAAAAUCAUAAGGGUCGACAAUUUAUACGGCCAGAAGUGUGCAGAACAUAUAAUUUUGGAGAACACGGUUCUAGUCUGGGACAGUUUUUCAAACAAUAUCUUGAGCCAAUCAAGCUAAAUGAUGUCCUGGUUGACUGGAAAUCAAUGAAUUUGAGCUACCUGAUGGAGGACAAGUAUAUAAAGCACUUUGCUGACAUUGUGCAAAAAGCUAAACCUAUUCGUGGAUCUGAUCUUGUACUAAAGGCACGCAACAUUGGUAGUGAUGUUCGCAUACAGUACAAUGACCAGCCAGACUUCGAAUACAUUGCUGGCCAGUUCGGUAUUUUCGAAGAAUGGAAGGAUGGUGUGCCACGGACAGCAUAUAAAGGAAUAGUUGUUUUCCGGUACCAUAUCCCACAACGUAUAUUCCUUAUUGGUCCAGAUUCUCUCAAGCAGCUCAGAGUUAAUGAUUCUUGAAGCAAGGUUGAGAGUUCACAAGGAGAAAACAUUGUUUCCAGAGUUCAAGAUUUUGAGGACCAUGCUCUUGAAGCACAAACGCAAACUCAUACCAAAAUCGAUAACCAAUGCUAACUAAACCUAGAUGAGAGCCAGGUGCGUUUUUCGUGAUUUGAGUUCUGCAGCCGGCCAUGUCUUCAGUCUUCUGUAAUUUGAGUUUUUUUUCGGAAACUUUACCGAGUCACCACAUUCAACAUGUAGCAGUCUCCAUAUUCAGUUUGCCCUUAAUAGAUACCAUUCCCUUCUGAAAGUGUAUUGUAAUCCUAAUUCUUGAGAUGUAUGAUAUUUUGACAAAAUGUACUCAUAUAGUAGCAUACAGAAGUCCAAAAUAUUACUUUUUA